GGAGCGGGCGUUUUGGUGCGGCGCGCAUGCGCGCUGGGGAGGGCGGCCGCGGAUUCAUGUGGAGGAGGGACUUUCUAAAGAGGCUGCAACGGGACGUGGGAAAUGGCUGCGAAGGUGUUUGAAGGCCUUGGGAAGCUCGGCCUGGGGUUGGCUGUCGCGGGUGGAGUUGUCAAUUCUGCUCUUUACAAUGUUGACGCAGGGCACAGAGCUGUCAUCUUUGACCGAUUCCGUGGGGUCCAGGACACAGUGGUAGGAGAAGGUACCCACUUCCUCAUCCCCUGGGUACAGAAACCCAUCAUUUUUGACUGCCGCUCUCGCCCCCGUAACAUUCCUGUGAUCACAGGCAGCAAAGAUCUACAGAACGUGAACAUCACGUUACGUAUCCUGUUCAGACCAGUGACUGCCCAGUUACCGCGGAUUUUCACUAGUAUUGGAGAGGACUACGAUGAGCGUGUCCUGCCCUCAAUCACAACCGAAAUCCUCAAGUCUGUCGUGGCUCGCUUUGAUGCUGGAGAAUUGAUCACUCAGAGAGAGCUGGUCUCAAGGCAAGUGAGUGAAGACCUCACGGAGAGAGCAGCAACCUUCGGGCUCAUUCUGGAUGAUGUGUCCUUGACCCAUCUCACCUUUGGCAAGGAGUUCACAGAGGCGGUGGAAAUGAAGCAAGUGGCUCAGCAAGAAGCAGAGAGAGCCAGAUUCAUUGUGGAAAAGGCUGAGCAGCAAAAGAAAGCGGCUGUCAUCUCUGCCGAGGGAGACUCAAAAGCAGCCGAGCUGAUUGCCAACUCACUGGCCACUGCAGGCGAUGGCUUGAUUGAGCUGCGCAAGCUGGAGGCGGCUGAAGACAUCGCGUACCAGCUCUCACGGUCCCGCAAUAUCACCUAUCUGCCCUCUGGACAGUCUGUGCUCCUCCAGCUGCCACAGUGAACCUGGCUCUGCAGCCAUAGCUAGCCUGGUCACCUCCACCUAUCAGAUCAGCCCUUUUCAAAAGAAUCCUUGCAAUUUCCUCAUUGGUAAAAGCAGAGGAAAUUAAACCCAUUUUGAAUUCUUAAUCAAAUAAAACUGAACACUUGACAGCAAACCUCCAUUCCUCCCAUGUACGGUCAGAGCAGUGGCUCCAUUGACCUUUUAGCUAGGCUUGAGAAUUGCCCCUUCCCAGGCAGUUUGAGCAACAGAGUUUUCAUCUGUUCACUCCUGGGAUGAACAAGUAGCCCAGGUGACUCCCUGACCAUGAGUGCUGUAUCAGUCAGGUUUCACAGUGAUGCUUCAGUGCCUUUAGGCUGGCUCAGCCAGGGUUGUUACAGACUUGCAGGUCUUGGACUAUGGAACAGGGAUGCUCGGGGCUCGCUCUUCAGUCAAGCCAGUCUUUUUUCAGGUGCCAGCUGAGAGGGGACAUCUUGGCUGUUAGGCAGUGGCUCUGCUGUGCCUGUGUGAACCACAGCACUGACAGCUGGAGGCACAGGUCGAGUGGAAUGGCUGGGGGUGAGAACAGAGAUUCACUGUGUGUAGUAGAUAGAUUUCAGGCACAGAGGAAAAGAUGCUUCCUCCACAGGAAAUAAUUCUCAUGUACAUGCUGGCAGUGGGACAUCUCCACUUCUCCCCUUGCUGCCACAUGCUGAUCUUUUGCUGCCUUGUGCAGGACCAAGGUCAGUAGAAGUGGCAGUUGGCCUAUUGCAAAUGGCACCUGGGACAAAGAGGGGAUGAUUCGGUGCUCUGUGGCUCAGGCAGUCGGAGGUGGGCAGAAUUCUCUGUUAAAUCAAUACUCUUUAUUUAGAGAACCUGAAUUGUGAGGAGGAUGUGAUGGGUUUGAGAUUGUAUAAUCAGCCUUCAAUAAAUGUCACGGUCCCAA